AUGAUAUGUUACGAUAGCGUGGCAGCUCUGUUUCUGUAUUUGCAAUGAAAGUGUACCGUCACGUUUCACAAGACGACAUCGUUCUCAUCACCCAAACUAACUGGCGUCAAGAUCUUUUUCAGAAGAGUCUCGGACAAAAUGACCACUCAUGCAGGGAACCUGGAGAAGGACAGCACAUCAAAAACACAGGUGUAUCCAAAACACAACAGGCUAAAACGAGCAAAAACAUCAGGGAGUUUUAGUGACUAUGGGCAUAUUAAUCCAAGACACGUGAUUGAUAUCACAGGGUCCAGCAGCUCUUGUGAUGAUGUUAUUUUCAUGAACUAUAAAGGCAAACUGUCUGCAGACACGGUCAUGAUAAAAAACGAUAGAGACAAUUUACUUCUUCUUGAUACAUCACCAGAACUUCUCAAAAGAAACUUGAGUGUGGAAGGAGAGCAUCCUCAGUCAGGGGAUUCUGUAGUCUUUUCUAUGCAAAAUGAGGUGCCCACAAGGGGAUCUCUAAAACGAAGUAAAUUGGCAUUGAAGAAGACUACCAAGAGAGGACUAUGCUUAACUGACACACGCUCAAAGACAGACUUUUAUCUUGCAGAGGUGUUGUCUAGUAGUUUACACAUAAACACAGGUGAGGAUGACCAGUUGAUGGAUCAGACAGAACGUAACACAAAUGUCCCACCAGGAUUUAACAUUGGACAAAUCCCAAAGCAUCAUACCCCUCAACCCCUGAUUCUCUUCAAAGCUCAGGCUGCUUUAGGAUAUCAGCACACCCCUUUAGGAUUGGCCAACAUCAAGAAAACACACAAAGAAAUGAGAUCUGGCUGGAGAAAGGAAUUUACCAAUGAAAUCUGCAGUGAGAUGCUGGAAGAGAUUCAGAAGCUCAGUUUGCAGUUCCCUGUCCACACGUUCUACUCUCUUCUCCUGAAGAAGAGAACUGCACCUGAGGAGGGACGCUCUGGUUUCGAGUUGGAAAAAACUGAAGAUUCCAAGCAUUCUUCAGCUGCCUAUGUCCAUAAAAAAAGAAAAAAUGAGCUGGAAGAGCAGUCUUCUGAAGUGAUAUCCAAACGUCACAAGACAAACCAAGAGUUGAACAGAAACAUGAUUAAGUUGGAUUCAAAGCGAUUUUCAGAUGCUCUGGCUCAGUCUUAUGCAAACUCUAGGAACAGACUAAGCAGAACAAAAUGCAGACAGCAACAAUCUGUAUUCUGUGCUGUAGUCACUGAACCAAAACAGAAUGAGACCGUUCAUCCACUACAAGACCCACUGCAUGGUUGUCUUCAAGGAGAGGGUGCCCUCUGGACCGAUAAAUAUCUGCCUCGACAAUCUAGUGAAGUUAUUGGCAACUCUGCAUCAGUUGGGCAACUACACAGCUGGCUAAAAGAAUGGAAAAUAAGAGCAGACAUUGAGGAAAGGAGAAGACGAGAAGAAGAAAGGAGGAUGGAGGAAGAAAACAGUAAUGAAUCAUGGGACUGUGGUGAUUUUGAGGGUGAUACUGUAUCUAUAGACCAAGAACAGGAGCUGUGUAACACAAUGCUGAUAAUUGGCCCGUCAGGAGUGGGCAAAACAGCUGCUGUGUAUGCUUGUGCACAGGAACUUGGAUUCAAGGUGUUCGAGGUGAAUAGUUCAGUCCUGCGCAGUGGUCGACUUAUCCUCUCCCAGUUGACAGAAGCCACUCAGUCUCAUCAGGUGGCUGUACAGAGAAAUAACCAAAGCAAAAGUAAACCUCAUGUCCACACCUUCAAUAUGAAAAGUCCUUCUCGUGAGACAGCCCAUAGAAAGGUUAUUCUGUCAUCCAAGGAGGCUUCUAGAAGUUCUCGUGCUUCCUCUAAAAUCAGUAGACCACAGCCAAUAAAAAUCACACAGUUCUUCAAAAUGAAUUGCAAAACAUCUGCAGGCAAAACCUCUGAUGGUUCUGACUGGCACACACAUAAUGCUGUCAAACCAAAACCUGACCCAAUUCAGGAAUCGGGGUCUGGCUUUAAGAACAGUGAACAGGAGACAGCAGAUCCCUCUAAAGACCCUAUGACUGUUGGACAAAGCAGGACAAUACCCAUGUCACUUAUAUUAUUUGAGGAGGUUGAUGUCAUUUUCCCUGAAGAUGUUGGAUUUCUUGCAGCUAUUAAAACAUUCAUGAGCACUACCAAAAGACCCAUAAUACUCACAACCAGUGACCCAUUAUUUAGUGGAAGACUUAAGGGGCAUUUUGAUGAAGUCCAUUUCAAAACCCCUUCACUGCAAACCAUCAGGAGCUAUCUGCAGUGUUUGUGCGUGGUGGAGAACAUGUGGACUGAUCCAGAUGAUGUGGCCUUACUGCUGUGUCAAAAUAAAGGGGAUAUCAGACAGAGUAUUCUCCAGCUUCAGUUCUGGGUCUGUAGUGGCGGAGGGACCACAGAACAACAAUUUCUCAAGAACACACUCAAAUGUGGAUCCUGGACUGAGCUGGAAAACUGUGGGCAUCUGGAGAUGCUGGCAGACAGGAUGGGAGAAGGUCUGCUUUAUUCGAACAUUGAUAGUCUCUUUUCUAGACCCGAUCAGCAAAAGUCAAUUAAUGCCAAGACUGAAAGAGAAAAGCCAGCCAACAGCUUGACUUUACAGAGAUCUGUGCAUGAAGUUAAGCCAGACAGGCUAUCUACAUGUAGAAGAAAGAAAAAAAAAACUAUUUGCUACUCCAGUUCAGAUCUCAGAAUCUUCUCAUUGACUGAGUCUAAUGAGGCCUUAUUCCCCUCAAAACAAACUGUUCUUUUGGCAUGUGAGACUGAAGAUGUCCUUGGACAAGAUUCAUCACUCAAGGUGGUGUUUCGUUAUGUGGUCUGUAUUGCAAAUUUUUUCGAUAACAUGUCUUUUCUGGAUGCUUACUUACAAAGACCAUCUCUAAGUGGAACUGGUCUUUGUAAACCAGAACCUCUUGGUUGGAUGGGUGCCAUGCUGAAGGACAGUUUAUUGGACCUACCAAGAGAGGAGCAGGUCGGACACUGUAGUUUAGAAAACUGCUCACAGAUACUGGCCAUGGUGGUAGGUUUGGGUUUCCAUCAGUGCCGGACUGGGAUCACCAAGAUGUGGACAGAAGCCACGAGACUGAGGGAGAAGUUGACUUCAGAGACAUCGGAAAACAUUAUAAGAGCCCUUUCUCUGCCCUGUCAUAAACCCUUCAGCAUAUGUCUAUGUGCACUCUGUGAAUCUAGUGUUGUCCAAAGGCGUAAAGAGAUUAUAUCCACAGUGUUCUCCAGCAAAGAAUUCUGUUGUCAUGGUAAUAAGCGUGCUCUCUCCAUGGACUAUCUGCCUGCUCUGCGUUCAAUCUGUAGAUCAGAGAGGGUUAAAGAACAGAGCACAUACAGACAUUCACAUUACCUCUCACGCCUUCACCUACCUAGCCGCACUCUAAGACUAAUGACCUUGGAUUUCCCUUGAUGUGUGACUGAUAUCCUGGUCUACAAAAUCUUCCAGGAUUUAAAUGUUUACUGUAUUGUGACAGCA